ACUUAAGUAGGAGUAGGAGGGUUUUUGUUGACUCCUAAGCGAUACGAUCCACGCCAGAUUUCCACGCAUCGAUCUAACGAUUAGGUGAAUCAUUCCAAUCCAUCCUCUUCUUCCUCGUCAACAACAUUCAACACAAAUUCCUCAAUUCUCAUCUCAUUCAUUCAUAUAUUCACAUAAUAAAGACCCAACAAAGACACACCCAAUUAGAAAAACAAAAACAAAACAACAACCUUUUUCAACAUGAUCAGUGCAAUAAAAGCAGCAAUUGGAGAUGGAGUAUUAACUUUCAUGUGGGUCUUUUGUUCAUCCUUGUUGGGUUUAGUUUCUAGUGCUAUAACAAAAUCACUUGAUCUUCAAAAUGUUUCAUAUAAUGGUUUCCCUUACCCUUCUUUAAUAAUUACCACUACUCUUGUCUUUCUCCUUGUUCUUUUGUUUACCAUAAUUGGUAGUGCAAUGGGUGGUGCUAGUUUUAAUCCUACUGGUACUGUUGCCUUUUACUUCCUUGGUCAUGGUUCUCAUACACUCUUCUCAAUGGCUCUCCGUUUCCCUGCUCAGGCGUUUGGUGCUGCGGGUGGUGCAAUGGCAAUUGCCGAGUUGAUCAAUCCGAAAUAUAGGCACAUGAUCAAGGGUCCUUCUUUGAAGGUGGACUUGCAUACCGGGGCUGCUGCUGAAUUGGUUUUGACAUUUGUGAUUACUUUUGCUGUUCUCUGCAUAUUCCUCAAGGGCCCUCGUAAUGAUUUAUUGAAGCUUUGGUUGCUCGCCAUGUCAACUGUCACUUUGGUAGUGCUUGGCUCUGCUUACACUGGUCCAUCCAUGAACCCAGCCAAUGCCUUUGGUUGGGCAUACGUAAACAACCUGCACAACACAUGGGACCAAUUCUACGUAUACUGGAUUUGUCCUUUCGCUGGAGCAAUAUUGGCUGCUUGGAUAUUUCGUGCUAUCUUCCCCCCACCGGAAGUUAAACAGAAAAAGAGCACGAAGAAGCAAGAAUGAUAGCUUUGUUUCUUGUGUCACAAGUUGUCAAAAAUCAAGCAUCAUGUUUCAGCUCAUAAUGGAGCAUGUUUCAUUAAGUACAACAUCAAAUUUAAAAUUGUUAGUACUAAAUUAUUGGAUUAUGCACAGUGCAUAACUCAUAUUCAGUUUCUAGUUCGAAAAAUUCAAUAAAGAUUUCAGUAUUAUCUAGGCUGAAUAUUGAUUCGAUUCACAUUGUUGGUUCCUUUUCGGCAAAACACCAAUUCUGUUUGAAUGAUAAAUGCAAUAAAAACUGAAUUUAGGGAUUA